AUAGGCUGCUUUAUUUUAUUUUUCUAAAUAUAAAAACCUUUUGUUUGGAUACCGGAUUUUUAUGUGGGUCUUUGCAGCGGAGGGAUGUAUGGCUACUUUUAGUUCUACUUCUUUUUUUCAUCUCUUUUAAUUUAAAAAAAAAAAAAAAAAGCUUUUUAGUUAAAAAGCAAGGAAGCUGAUUUACCUGCGUGUGACAAUCCCAGAGGACGCUGAUCAAGAAACGGGAGUGUUGGUCUUCUGCACUACUUUACUCCUACCCCCAUUUUUUAUUUUUUAUUUUUUUUUUAGGGGGGAGAAAAGGAUUUUUCCAGUCCAAAAACCUCUUGCCCCCAAGUUCUGGAAGGGGGGGGGGGGGGUGCAUGAAGGGCAUUGUUUUUCUUUCUCUGUCACCUUGGUUUCGUGGAGGUUUGGAAGAGAACUUUGCCUGGGAGAAGAGGAUGAUCUGGAAGUGGCUGGGAGCCCUGCUGCUGUUCCCGGUGCAGGUGGUGUACCUGGUGGUGAAAGCUGCCGUGUGCCUGGUGCUGCCGCCCAGGCUGCGAGACCUGUCCCGGGAGAACGUGCUGGUCACCGGCGGGGGCCGCGGCAUCGGCCGGCACCUGGCCCGGGAAUUCGCCAGGAGAGGAGCCAGGAAGAUCAUCCUGUGGGGCCGGACUGAGAAAUGCCUGAAGGAGACCACAGAGGAGAUCAGGAUGAUGGGGACAGAGUGCCACUACUUCAUCUGUGAUGUGGGAAAUCGGGAGGAAGUCUAUCGGCAAGCCAAGGCUGUGCGGGAGAAGGUGGGUGACAUCACCAUCCUGGUGAACAAUGCUGCUGUGGUCCAUGGGAAGAGCCUGAUGGACAGCGAUGAUGAUGCACUACUCAAAUCCCAGCACAUAAACACCCUGGGACAGUUCUGGACCACCAAAGCAUUCCUGCCACGGAUGCUGGAGCUGCAGAAUGGGCACAUUGUUUGCCUGAACUCUGUUCUGGCCUUGUCAGCCAUCCCUGGUGCCAUUGACUAUUGCACCUCCAAAGCCUCAUCCUUUGCUUUCAUGGAGAGCCUGACCCUGGGGCUGCUGGACUGUCCUGGAGUGAAUGCCACCACAGUCCUACCCUUCCACACCAGCACAGAGAUGUUCCAGGGCAUGAGAAUCAGGUUCCCUAGUCUUUUUCCUCCUCUCAAGCCAGAGACAGUGGCGAGGAGGACAGUAGAAGCUGUUCAGAUGAAUCAAGCCUUCCUGCUCCUUCCAUGGACAAUGCAUGUUCUUGUUAUCCUAAAAAGCAUUCUACCCCAGGCAGCACUUGAAGAAAUCCACAAGUUUUCUGGGAGCUACACCUGCAUGAACACUUUUAAAGGACGAACAUAG